AUGGGGACUGAUGGAGAAAAUAUUCAAUUAAAUAUUUCUGGAAAAUAUCCAUGCUCAUUUCAAGGUAACAUUACAAGAUUUAUUGAGUUCAAAAUUGAGAAUGACCAAUCUUUGCUUCAAUUUUUUGCCAUUCCUCAGAAAUUUUUGAACAAGAUUGAUAUAAAUCUUUUGGAGAUUGAUGAAAAUUCGGAGGAGGAUGAACCUUCAGAAGAUGAUGGAGAGAGUAAAGCCAUUGAAAGUGAAUCCGAUGAAGAUAUUGGGGAUUUACCUCAAAAUAAUAGUGGGGUAAAUCUUCAAAAUCAAUUUGAUCAGGAUGUAUCUGAAAUGCAAAAUAAUGAUAUACCUUACUUUACAACAUUGGAGAAUGGGGAAGAUAUUUUUAUCUCUACUCGUGAAUCCGAAAUGAAAUGUUGUUCUGUUUGGUCCGAGGAUGCAAAAAAAGAUUUAGAAAAAGAUAUGUAUUUUAGCAGCAAAGCUAAGUUGAAACGAGCUGUGACAAUUUGGAGUUUGCGCAAAAAUAAAGAAUUCAAGGUUGUAAUAUCAACUAAGAGCAUAUGGACUGUGAGAUGCAUGUUUUUUGAUUCAUUGGGUUGUCCAUGGUUUCUUCGAGGUCGGAAGGUUGGAGGUAGUCUUUGGAAGAUAGGAAAAUAUUUUAAUAAUCAUAGAUGUGAGACUGAAGGGCUUACAACGGGUCACACUAACUUAGAUACCAAUUUAAUUGCAUCUUUGUUUUUAAAUCAAAUACGUAAAAAUCCCAAAUUGUUGGUAGUGGAUGUCAUUUCUAAGGUUCAUGAAAAAUUUGGUCAUCAAGUAAUAUAUAGAAAAGCGUGGCUUGGGCGUCAACGUGCAUUUACAUUGGUAUAUGGUGAUUUUCAAAAAUCAUUUAGUGAGCUUCCUAAGUUUUUUGCAGCUUUUCAAUACUUUAAUCCUGAAACAGUUGUGGAAUGGAAACACGAAGAGUCAAUGAGUUUGCCAGAGGUAAAAACUUUCAAGUUUGUAUUUUGGGCUUUCAAGCCAUGCAUUGAUGGAUUCCAAACUUGUCGUCCUGUUAUUUCAGUAGAUGGAACUCAUAUGUAUGGUAAAUAUGAGAUAAAAUUGUUAAUUGCUGUUGGAGUUGACGGAAAUGAUAACAUUCUUCCUCUUGCGUUUGCUAUUGUUGACAAGGAGUCGAAAGUGGCAUGGAAAUGGUUUUUUAGGAAACUGAGUACACAUGUGAUAAAGGAUAGAGAAGACAUAUGUAUUAUCUCUGAUAGGGCAAAAGGAAUCUUGACUAGUUUAUCAGAAUUGUGGCAAUUUCAGGAGCCUCGGGCCUUUCAUCGAUUUUGUUUAAGGCAUCUUAAAAGUAACUUUCAAUCUCAAUUUCCAAACAGGGACCUCAGUAAUCUGAUGUGGAGGGCUGCUACUGCUCAUCAAGUAAGAAAGUUUGAAGCUUUGAUGUGGGAAAUUCAAAAAGAAAAUAGAGAAGCAUAUGAAUACCUCAUGCGAAUUACAUUGAACAAAUGGACUGUUAGCCAUGAUGAUGGAAAACGAUGGGGAGUAUUGACAAAAAAUCUUUCAGAAUCUUUCAACGGACUUCUAAAGAAAGCUCGAAGCUUGCCUGUCACUGCCAUGGUUAGACUUUCAUUGGAGCAAACUGUUGAAUGA